AUGGAAAGUUCCAUAAACAAGCGCAAUGAUUUUUCGACCUCCAUGUGCACAUGUCCUGAUCAGGCGCGUCUGGGUCAGAUGCAGCUGCAUACAGCAAGGUUCUUGUGGGCUUUGCCGGCCAUUGACCCUCAACGAACGAGUGGUCCUUGUGCUCCUCAGACUCGGGCACUUGAACUCAUCGUUGGUGCGAACCGGGGACUUGGUCUAGAGGGCUAG